GCAAUCACUUAGACAACUGAUUGAAAUGCAAUCAGCUGUACUGGGAUUAGAUCAUUCAGAGUCAGGUGAUAAUCACAGGUGAUGUCAAUAAGUUAUUCUCGUGGUCCUGCAGCGUCAGUGUGUAUUAAACCUUGUUGAGGCUCAGCUUUAAUUUGCUUCCAUGUGGUAAUUGCAUUUCAUUUUCCACUGCUUGGACUUAACACUGAUUAAAUUAUCCCUCGUGUUGUCCUUUGAGUCGAGGUGACCUGGUGGCUGAUAAUAUGCCCUUGUGCGUGCGUGUGUGUGUGUGUUUGCUCCUGUACUGCACGACUUUUUCUCAUACUCUGAUUCUGGGACAAGAUGCAAACCUGUUGGUUUGACGCUGGGGUUGUACAAAAUGUGAAGGACAACGGGAGGGUUAAAAAAAUAUCAGAAGUCGGUCUUUACUGUGAGUGAAUGAAGCAGUGGCUGGACAUAAAGGCAUGAUGAUUGGAUAAACUGUUGAAGAGUCAGAACCAGGUUUGUAUUGACAGGACUUGUGAAAAUGCACCUGAGAAUUUUCUGCAACCAUUCCCAUAAAAGCUAUCAAUAAGAAAGAAAUGACUGUUUCUUGUUUCAGUUGUGUAAAAAUGUAGUGACUGAAAGUUAUGUAACAGUAAACUUGCUGUAUUUGUUUUGUGAAGGUCUUUGUUUGCAAGGAUACUUCUGCCAUGGUGGAGCCACAGGACCAACGCCACAAGGUUCUGUCAACUUCACCCACAAUGGCCCCUGCCCUCUGGGCCACUACUGCCCCCCGGGGUGCCUCAGUCCAGUCCCCUGCCCUACUGGCAGUGUUCGCAAGACCAAAGGUACACUACGUGUUGUAUGAAACUGUCAAAGUGUCAGAUUUAUAUGUAAAAACUAAAUAUCAGUUCAAAGUCUGGAUUAUGCAUGUAAGGGGUAGUUCCUAAGAUCCAACUAUUCAUCUGCAAUUUAUUUAAUUCCUGUCACAGGAGGGGUGAGUGUGGACAGCUGCUCCUCCUGUCCUGCAGGUCACUACUGCUCUACUGAGGGUCUGGACAAACCCACUGGACCCUGUGCCGCUGGUUUCUACUGUCCCUUUGACUUUUCUUCAAUGACUCCUUAUGGUUUCCUCUGUCCUAAGGGUCACUAUUGUCCAGAGAGCUCUGCCUCGGCCUUACCCUGCCCCACAGGAGAGUACCAACCCAACCCAGGCUCAGACUCGUGUAUACCCUGUCGUCCUGGAUUCUACUGCGAGGAGGCCAUAGUUGGGGAACCAUGGCCCUGCCCACCUCACUCGUUUUGCCCUGCAGGCACCAUGGUUCCCCAGCCCUGUCCCAACGGAACAUACACUCAUCCAAACCAGAGUGGACUCCAGGAGAUGACAGAGUGCUUACCUUGUCCUUCAGGAAGGUUCUGCAGAGCAGGAAAGAUCCAAGGUGUGUGUGCUGCAGGUUAUGUGUGUAUUUCAGGCAGCGCACAUUUCAACCCCCAAGAACCUGUGUACAACCUGACCCAGUGUCAAUGGGGCGUGCAGUGUGCUGGACCAUGUCCACCAGGCUUCUACUGUCCUGAGGGCACCGUGCGUCCACUCAUGUGUCCUGCAAAUACUGUUCGAAGUUCUCCAGGAGGCACUAGUCUGCAGGACUGCGUACCCUGCCCUCCACAACACUGGUGCAAACCAGGAGAUCCAGUUCUCCAUCUGUGUCCAGCCGGUCAUUAUUGUGAUGGUCUUCCUGACAGUGUCCUCACUGAAGGACCCAAGCCUUGCCCCCUGUAUACAUAUCAAUCUUCCCCUGGAGCAGACAGUAGAGGGUCCUGUCUGCCCUGUCCUCCUGGAACACACUGUAACGACACAGGGCUCACUGACUACUACAACAAUCUUUGCCCUCCUGGUUAUUGGUGCAGUGGGUCUGGUCCACCCAUCUACUGCCCCGCUGGUACCAGGAGAGCCCAUCCUGGAGCGUCCACACUGAGAGAAUGUGAACCUUGUGCAGGAGGAACCUUCUGCCCCGACCCUUGGUCUACAGGGAGGCCCAAUGUGGAGGGAGUUUUGUGUAGGGCGUCCUAUUAUUGUCCCAUAGGUGCCGUCUCAGAACAGCUUUGCAGACCCGGUUUUUAUUGUGGACCUCAGACUCUGUCCUUUUCCCUACUACUGCCCAGCCAACAGCUCUGUUCUGAAGUCCUGUGA